AUGGAAGAAGUGCACGAUUCAAUGGUCAUUCCGGAGGAUCCACAGAAUACCGCUGAGGUGGCUAUCACGAUCCCCGAGUCACCUGAGAGCCUUGAGUCAGUAGAGGGAGGUUUGGAUGUACCUCCCGUGGCAGCAGAGCAGGAUGAUUCAGCUGUUCCUAUAAUUCACGAUCCAAUAGAGGAGAGUCCAAUCAUGUCUGGUGUUUCAGACUCUCCAGAGAGCCCAGAGCCAGCUGAGAGAGGACCAACUCUGCCUAUUAUUCCAGACUCACCGGAGAGCCCGGAGCCAGCAGAGAAAGGCCCAGCAGUGCCUACUAUCCCGGAAUCGUCAGAGAGUCCAGAGCCAGCAGAGAAGGGUUCACUUCAUAUCUCAAACCCUCCAGAGGUUGACACGCUGGAGCAAAACUCACCCAUCAUUCCAGAGAGCUGUGAGUCAGUGGAAAAAGACUCACCUGUCAUCCCAGAGAUACUCGAGAACUCAGAAUCUGGAGAAACAUCAGAGACUCUUGCACCGGGAGCAGAACCAGUUGUGAUUCCAGAGGAUCCUGGGACUGCACAACCACGCUCAGCUAAACAAUUCGAUACGAAGUGCACUACAGGAUCGGAUGAUGACUCAGACGGUGAUGAUGAUCUGGUGAAAAUUUUCGUGCCUAAAGAAUGGGAUGAGGAGCUGUCUGAGAAGGCAUUGAAGAAAAAGCUGAGAGGAGUUAUCAACAGACAUUUCAAAGUUGGUGGCACUUUCCUCACGAUUGGUGAUAAUACCGCUGAGGUGGCUAUCACGAUCCCCGAGUCACCUGAGAGCCUUGAGUCAGUAGAGGGAGGUUUGGAUGUACCUCCCGUGGCAGCAGAGCAGGAUGAUUCAGCUGUUCCUAUAAUUCACGAUCCAAUAGAGGAGAGUCCAAUCAUGUCUGGUGUUUCAGACUCUCCAGAGAGCCCAGAGCCAGCUGAGAGAGGACCAACUCUGCCUAUUAUUCCAGACUCACCGGAGAGCCCGGAGCCAGCAGAGAAAGGCCCAGCAGUGCCUACUAUCCCGGAAUCGUCAGAGAGUCCAGAGCCAGCAGAGAAGGGUUCACUUCAUAUCUCAAACCCUCCAGAGGUUGACACGCUGGAGCAAAACUCACCCAUCAUUCCAGAGAGCUGUGAGUCAGUGGAAAAAGACUCACCUGUCAUCCCAGAGAUACUCGAGAACUCAGAAUCUGGAGAAACAUCAGAGACUCUUGCACCGGGAGCAGAACCAGUUGUGAUUCCAGAGGAUCCUGGGACUGCACAACCACGCUCAGCUAAACAAUUCGAUACGAAGUGCACUACAGGAUCGGAUGAUGACUCAGACGGUGAUGAUGAUCUGGUGAAAAUUUUCGUGCCUAAAGAAUGGGAUGAGGAGCUGUCUGAGAAG